UUGAUGUAUUAACACUUGUCGCAAAAAAUUAAGAUUAAACGUCCAUGACGGUUCAAUAGGCUUAGUAAUGUGAAUUUUUUUAAUGUUUUGUAUCUAUUUCAAAUAUUGCUAGAAGAUGGUUGCAAGUGUAGUGUUUUUCUUAGUGAUUUUAAUGGGACUCAUCAAUACAGAGGCGGUAGUCACAAAUGAAGAUAUCAGAGGAGCAAUUUUACAACUUCUCAGUGUAGCUCGGGUGACGAGAGACAAAUUAGAAAAACACGAGUACGCCGAUAGGGUGUUCGGCGAGCAAUUAAAGAAAGCCUUGGUAACUAUCGACAAGAGGAUAAAAAUAUUAGAUCCGAUCAAAGGAACCGCUGCAAGAUUGGAAGAUAGAUUGGCGGCAGUCGAAACGAUUUUAAUGCAAACGAACGAAAAAGAGAAAUUGCAAUUGCAGAUGACGUUCGAGGCCGUUACUGACAUUCAGAAAAAUCUGCCUCUACUUAUGGAGGAGAUGAAAAACGAAAUUAUUUCAAAGAUUUUGGAAAACGAAGUUUCUGGGGUUGCUGUGAUGAACAAAAUCGACAAAGCUAUCGAUACUAUAGGAACAAUCGAAAACGAGGUUUCUGAAGUUAAGUUAGACACCCAACAAGUUAAAAAGUUACAUAACAAAUCAUCAGACAAUUUGGAAAAGAUAAAAAAACAUUUCAGUGACAGUCAACAGUUAUUAAUUAAGUAUGAUAAAAAACUAUCUGACUAUGGGGUUUCUGGAGUUGCUGAGGCUAUGAAAAAAAUCGACAAAGUUACCAAUGUUAUGGGCAAAAUCGAAAACGAAGUUUCUAAAGUUAAGACAGACAGCCAACAAGUUAGAGAUUUACAUAACAAAUUAUCAGACAAUUUGGAAAAAUUAAAAAAACACUUCGGUGACAGUCAACAGUUAUUAAAUAAGUAUGAUAAAAAGCUUGCUGACUAUAACAGUACAAUUGGCAAUAAAGAAACCGAAAAGUGGAAGCUUAAUGUCAUAAAAGCUUUGGAUGGUCAACAAUCUAGUGUUAACGACAUAUCGCAAGAUCUGAAAAAUCUCCAUAGUCAGGUAAAACAGCUACCACAAAAAGAUGUAAUUAAUAAAUUACAAAAUUCUAUUAACAACUGUCAAGACCCUUCAUUAAAACAAACUUUAUACAAGAUCGAAGAUAAAUUGAAUAAACGCCACGAUGAGACUACGAAAAAUCUUAAUGGACUGACACAACUUACUAGUACUUUGAACAAAAAUCUAGAUAACACCAAUAAUGCGGUCAAUUCCCAGAAAUCUGGUGCAAAAGACAUCUUACAAAAUAUUAAAAAUGUGCAAAAUCAACUUCAUAAACUACCUCAGAUAGAAGAAUUGGCAACAAGUCAAGGAGAAACUAUUAAAAAAUUGGAAAUUACUAUGAAAGAUAUGACAAAAAAUAAUAGUUUGGAUUCUCAAAAGUCUAAUUUACAAGAAAUUUCAAAUAAUGUUAAAAACUUACAAAACCAACUUCACAAUAUUCCACAAAUUAUUGAUGAACUAGCAGCCGCUCAACAAACUGCUAUCAAUAAAUUAGAUGAUACUGUGAAAAAUAUUCAAGGUUUAACGAAAGUCGCAGAUACUCUUACUAAAAGUGUUGCAAACACAAACAGUGCUUUAGACGUUCAGAAAUCAAAUACACAAGAAAUUUUAAGCAAAAUUAAAAGCGUACAAAAUCAGCUACGUAAACUUCCACAACUGGAUGAACUCUCUGCUGGACAGAAAACUGCUAUACAUAAGUUGGAAGAUACAUUAGAUAAUAUCAACGGUUUGACAAAAAAUACCGAUACUCUUAUGAAGAGUUUAUCUAAUACGAAAAAUGCUAUUGACAACCAAAACAAAGAAAUUAUACGAAAUAUCAAACAGUUACAAAACAAGGUAGAUGAUUUACCACUAAAAGACGAAGUUUUAAGGAAAUUAGAACAGAUAUCUACCGGUAGCAGAUCCAGUGUUUCUCUAGAAGAUAUUAAGAAUGCUAUAAGGGAGAUAAAUAACAAAAAACAGAACACAAAUGCCGCUAUAAACUGUGCUCCUAAUGGCCAACAGACAGAUGUUCAAACAAUGCUAUCAGACGUUAAAGAUCUACAGAAAAAAAUAGACCGGCUACCACAAGAAUUCCUAGAUAUACAUCACAACUCUUUACAACUGGAAAAACUAUCAACUGACGUAUCGAUUUGUAAACAACAAGCCAAAGAUGACGCUCAACAUAUUCUGGAAAGCAUUAUAAACAACAUUAACAAAACUCACGAAGAUAUCGCUCAAAGGGUUGACGAUCUCGCUGGGAUUUCAGUUACUCUUGGAGAAAGCUUUAAAAAUAACUACGAUCAAAUUAGAAAUGAAAUUAAAGGUUUAAAUAGGUUAGACCAAGUAAUGAUAAACACUGCUGAUGGUGUUAUUGACACCAAACAAAAAGUAGAGUUUGGAGUGCAACAAAUUUUGGCGGAGUUAUCAAAAUCGUCGAAUAAUGUGAGUAACAGAUUAGAUACUUUCGAAACGUCAAUCUUAGAUCCAGACACUGGAGCUCUGGCUAAUGUAACCUCAAAAGUUUGGCGGCAAAUGGGAAUAAUGUAUCAACAAAUGAGUAACAACUCAGAUACUCUUAAACAAUUGCAGAAUCAGCCUGAUACGUAUAUUACUGGUUCUCUUGGGACAAUAAACAAUACUAAAGGAAAAGUUGGUCAAAAAACCGGCCAAAUAACCGAGGUUGAUGAAAAUCUUAACUAUCUAAUCGGCAGACUUUCGUUGGUAACGGAAGAUUUUAACAGAAUCAAAACCGGUCUCAGCUCUGCAUUAGAAAAAAUCAAAGAAAGUUUCCAUACGGUACAGGAAAAAGUUGAUGAAGGAUUAGGAUCACACAAUAUUGACAGCAGUAUUGAUAUUGAUAUUGACAGUAGUAAAGUGCCUACCACAUAAUUUUUUUAAUAAUUCAUAUUUACUGCAAUGUUUGUUCGAGCGAAUAUUUGUAUUUUAGCAUAGCUAGACUUAGAAAUAGUGUUGCACAGAAAGGAAAAAACAGAAAACGUUCGAUCACUAUUAAAAGGAGAUAUACAGCAUAUUUGGAGCAUAAACUUGUAAAGUCUGAAGUUGACCAAAUAACGGACCAAAUUAACCAGUUUGAUAAAAACCUUAACUAUAUAAUCAAACUUUCGAAGGUAACGCCAGAAUUUGACAGAAUCAAAACUGAUCUCAGCUCUGCAUUAGAAAAAAUCAAAG